AUGCUGUCAGUCAUGAGAGAGUGCAUCAUUGGAGAAAUCAGGAGUGCAGACUUUGUCUCCAUUCAAGCUGAUGAAACAAUGGAUAUUUCUACUCAGUGUCAGCUUGUGCUUGUGAUUCGCUUCAUCGAUAAAGCCCAUCAUGUCCAAGAGCGUUUUUUUGAGUUCAUACCUCUUCAAAGUGCCACAGCUGAUUCCAUCGCCACUGCACUUCUUCAUAGGUUGAGCUCCAUUCUCCCUGACGACCAGAAGAGCAAGCUCAUUUCCCAAGCAUACGAUGGUGCAAGUGUCAUGAGAGGAGCCACAGGAGGUGUACAGAAGAAAGUCCAAGAUGUUUAUGUAAAUGCUCACUAUGUCCACUGCUAUGCUCAUCAACUAAACCUUAUCAUGCAGCAAGUGACUUCCCAUAUCCCAAAAGUGAGUCAUUUCUUUUCAGACCUGGCUGGAUUCUCUAGCUUUUUCUCAAGAUCUCCAAAGAGAACCAGCGUGCUUGAUAGAGUGGUAGCCCACAGACUUCCAAGAGCAAGCACAGUGAGGUGGAACUUCCACAUCCGAGCUGUGAACACUAUUUUUGAGCACAAAGAAGACCUGCUCCAGUGUUUUGGAAACAUCAGGGAUUCAGGAGAGUUUGAUCCUACCACUGUGAGAGAAGCUGGAGGGUUUGUGAGGCUGCUGGAGGAUGAUAGUUUCAGCUUCUUCCUGAAUCUGUUCCAUCUCAUCAUGCCACAUGUGGAUAUUCUCUACAGCCAGCUCCAGAAGAGGACCAUCGAUUCUGUCUUUGUUCAGGGAAUCAUGCAGAAGUUCACAGACAACAUACAAAAGAUCAGCCAAUACAGAGAGCUCUCUGUGGAGAACACAGUGGCAGUGGAUCUCAGCUGGCCAAGAAACGCCGCACCCUGGGCCCCGGUGAACUUCAGAGGGUAUCCACAGAGGUGA